CUUGGGUGGUUGGUUGAUUGUGGUGUUUGGGCAACUAAGAGUAGGUAAGCACAGUUUUUCUUUUUUAUCAUAGCUGCUAACCAGCAGGGUGGAUCAAACCCAAGCUGGGACCGAUGCAGAACGGGGAGGUUAUGAGCCCGCAGGACUCCAAGGCAUUGGGGGAUGAGGCAAUGAAGGACCACAAGGCCCCUUGCCAGAAUCAGGGAUGCACUGAGCCCACAGCUCCUCCGCUUCCUCCCCCAUCACCGCCAUCAGCAGGGCCACCAGAGUACCCGAGACCCAGGCUCAUCUUCCACACCCAGCUGGCUCAUGGGAGCCCAACAGGACGCAUUCAUGGAUUCACCAAUGUCAAGGAACUGUAUGCCAAGAUAGCAGAGGUAUUCAACAUCUCUCCGUCAGAGAUCCUUUUCUGUACCUUAAACUCUCAUAAAGUGGACAUGCAGAAACUUCUGGGAGGACAAAUUGGACUGGAGGACUUCAUCUUUGCUCAUGUCAGAGGGGAGACAAAAGAAGUGGAGGUGACAAAGACCGAGGAUGCUUUAGGUCUCACUAUAACAGACAAUGGAGCUGGAUAUGCUUUUAUCAAGAGAAUAAAAGAAGGCAGCACCAUUGACCGACUGAAGGCUGUUUGUGUCGGUGACCACAUUGAAGCCAUUAAUGACCAGAGCAUCGUAGGAUGUCGACACUAUGAGGUCGCCAAGAUGCUAAAGGAGCAACCAAGAGACCUCCCUUUCACUCUUCGCCUUGUGGAGCCCAAGAAAGCCUUUGACAUGAUUGGAAUGAGAACUAAAGCGCCAAAAUCUAAUGAGGGAAAGCUGGUGAACGGGAGAGAGACUCUUCGGCUUCGGUCUAAGGGGGCUGCUACAGUUCAGGAAGUGCAGAGUGAAUUCGAAGAACAGGCCACAAGGAAAGUGGACGAUCUCUUGGAGAGCUAUAUGGGGAUCAGAGACCUGGAGCUGGCCACCACCAUAGUGGAAGCAGGCAAGGACAAGAAGAACCCUGAUGACUUUGCUGAGGCUCUGGAUUCUGUUCUGGGAGAUUUUGCUUUUCCUGAUGUGUUUUUGUUUGAUGUUUGGGGAGCCAUUGGAGAUGUUAAAAACGGCAGAAUUUAGAUAUUAACGCCGUUGAGAAUAUUAUUUCUGUUUAUUGGUAAAUCCAGUUGCACAAAAAGAAGAUAGUUGUUUUAUUAAUGCUUCACUAGUCCUUGGUUGAUUUUUUUUGUCACUUUCCAACGUAAUCACAAGGAUCAUCAUAAAUUCAACAAUCUUCCUUUGGGCUUUUAAAUGUGCCCCCAGAGGAUCAUCACUGUUAGUAAAAUAAAUGCAACACAGAAAACUCAGAAACACUUUGAAAUUCCUCUCUACUUCAUGUGCAUUCACAUUUUUAUGCUUACAUCAAGAUCAGAGAUUACAAAAGGUUAAGGCCCCUCCCUCUAACACAAAUGGACCAUCAUAAAAAACACUUAAAAAUGAGAUAGUAGACAUCUACAAACAACCUGGGAAUCUAAGAAG